AUGAGCCGAGGACGUGGUCGCAGUCGCGUGCGCUUCGGCGGUAGUCGAGACUCAAUGCUUGCAGAUAUCAUGGAUGAGACACGGGAGGACUUGGGACUCUCGCAUAUGCAAAUGGAACUGCUGCAUGCGGAAGCUGGUGCGUCACUGUACCCGCCAAUGCAGUUACCACACCCUGAAGCACUGGCUGAUGGUGAUGCCUAUUUAAUCCAAAGACAACGUAUCUUGGCGCACAAGCUCGAGAGUCUGUACCACCCGUGGGAAGCUGACCCGGCAGGUCCCGAUGCUGGACGCAAUACGUCGGAUGUUACUGCUUUUGUGCACGUGACAGUGCCCGAGACUCAAAAGGCUAAUGAGAUUUACGUGCCAGAGGAGCUACGAGCCAAUUCACUCAGUGGACUGCGCACAUCGGCAACUGCAGGCUCGACGAAUCGCGGCAUCAUGCAGCCGCGUGCGUUUGAAACGGUGUUUAAAUCAUUAGAAGCUCAGGAGACGAAAAUUGCGGCAGACAAGGCCAAGGCAGCAGAGCAGGAGAUAGAUGACGGCAUGAUGGAUGAUGUGGACGAGGAUUUAGGUGACGACAUGAACGAUUAUACGUUCGACUACUACGACAGUGAUGCUGAAAGCAACGACGGUGACGAAGAAGUUUUCUUCUAG